AUGAUUGUGGUUCUUCUCUUGGCCUUCCUGGUUACCGGGAAUGUGGCGAUCGAGGUACCGAUGACAGGGGUGAACGAUUGGGGAGGAAGGUUUGAAGGAAAAUUUGUCUUCAAUAUACCAGAGGAGGUUUCUGGUUGGGAGGCCAUUCUUCACUUCGAUGAACCGAUAACAGGGAUGACGGAAUGGAUGGGCGAUAUCAUCAAAACUGCCAAUGAUAAUACUGAAUACAUAUUGGUCAGUAAACCUCACACGGGGAUUCAGCACGUUGGUCAAACACUGACCAUCACCGUACAGGCUAGUUAUUCUGGAGGUGCACCGCCCACCGGAAAAGGAACUCUUGUAAAUAUGGCCCACGACGGCCAGACGGUGCCCCCCGCACCUACAGUUCCCGGUGCUAAAUACAACUAUGCCGAAGUUCUAGAAAAGUCCAUUUUAUUCUACGAGGCUCAGCGAUCGGGAAAACUGCCUUCUACCAACCGGAUACCUUGGAGAGGAGACUCAGCCUUGCAUGAUCAGGGGCUAAACGGAGAGGAUCUCACCGGGGGAUGGUAUGAUGCUGGUGACCAUGUGAAAUUUGGACUUCCUAUGUCGGCUAGUGUGACCAUGUUGGCCUGGGGUUUUCUCCAGUAUGCCGAUGCCUACGAAGCAGCUGGACAAACAGAAUAUAUGUAUGACUGUAUCCGUUGGCCUCUCGAAUGGUUGAUCAAGGCUCACACAGCACCAAACGAACUUUAUAUUCAGGUAGGAGAUGGGGGUAAGGAUCACGGAUUCUGGGGCAGACCAGAAGACAUGUCAAUGGAUAGACCUGCAUUCAAGGUCGACGCCACUAAACCAGGAAGUGAUGUAGCUGGCGAGUAUGCUGCUGCAAUGGCUGCUGGGUACUUGGUUUUUAAAGACAAAGAUCCGACGUUCGCUGCUCAGCUUCUCAGUAACGCCGAAGAGAUCUACAAGUUUGCUGUGACCUACAAAGGGAUAUACAGCAAUAGUGUCAAUCAGGCCGCCGCCUAUUACAGGUCGUCUGCCUAUGAAGAUGAACUUUGCUGGGGAGCGUUAUGGCUUUACAUGGCGACAAACAAAACCUCAUACCUGACAGAAGCUAAGACAUAUUACCCUACUGUGGCUGGACCAGAUUGGGGACAGUCUUGGGAUGACAAGGGCGCUGGUUGUCAGAUUCUGCUGUAUAACAUUACUGGAGAACAAAAAUACAAGGAUAACAUAGAGGCCACAUUUGCUGAUUGGCUACCCGGCGGCAGUAUUCCUUACAGCCCCAAGGGUCUCGCGUUUCGCUCCCAAUGGGGAUCACUCAGAUACGCAUCUAACAUGGCGUUCAUGGCUUUAUUGGCGGCUGAUACUGGUGUUCAUACUGACGAAUACCGCACGUGGGCAAAGUCGCAGAUCCACUACGCGCUCGGUGACACCGGAAGGAGUUUUGUCGUCGGAUUUGGGGUCAACCCACCUACUCAACCACAUCACAGGGGCAGCUCUUGUCCCAUGAUGCCAACACCUUGUUCCUGGGAAGCCCAGCAGCAGAAAGGUCCCAACCCACAUACCUUAUAUGGAGCCCUCGUUGGGGGUCCUGACGGCAGCGAUUCCUAUACUGACAGUCGUAGUAACUACAUCAACAACGAAGUAGCAUGCGAUUAUAAUGCAGGCUUCCAGUCCGCUGUAGCAGGACUGCUACACAAUACCAUGAUGGCUUCCUAA